CACUAGGCACUCAAUAAAUGUUGAUUCAAUGACACCCGGCUGUCCCGUUGCCCCCAAAUGGUCUUGCCUAACCUCCCCCCCCCCCGGCCCCAUUGUCUUUCUUCUCUUCCCCCUUGCAGGGCCUGCUGUCUCCAUCUCUUCCCUGAGCUUGCCUGCUGGGGCCAUGGCGCAGCCAACAAAGCCUAGCAAGUUUGAUCUGGGCCUGGGCACGUGGAGCCUUAGCUCCCAGGAGAAGAGCCACAGGGCUCAGACCCCCCCCAGGGCUGUUGGCAAGCAGCUGCCCGAGUACAAGGCGGUGGUGGUGGGUGCGAGCGGCGUGGGCAAGAGUGCGCUGACCAUCCAGCUGAACCACGAGUGCUUCGUAGAAGACUAUGACCCCACGAUCCAGGAUUCCUACUGGAAGGAGAUGGCCCUGGGCCAAGGGAGCUGCAUUCUGAAUGUGCUGGACACGGCAGGGCAGCCCAUUCAUAAGGCCCUGCGUGACCAGUGUGUGGCUGUUGGGGAUGGUGUGCUGGGUGUCUUCGCCCUUGAUGACCCUUCGUCUCUAACCCAGCUGCAGCAGAUGCGGGCCACCUGGGGCCCUCACCACACUCGGCCCCUCGUCCUUGUGGGCAACAAGUGUGACCUCGUGACCACCUCCGGAGAUGCUCGUGCAGCUGCUGCAGCCCUCGCGAAGAGCUGGGGGGCCCCCUUCGUGGAGACCUCAGCCAAAACACGGCAAGGUGUAGAGGAGGCCUUUACCCUGCUCAUCCAUGAGAUCCAAAGGGUCCAGGAGGCCAUGGCAAAGGAGGCCAUGGCACGGCCAAGGGGGGUGAAGGCCCGGCACCAAAAGGCCAAGUGCCACUGUGGCUGCUGUGUGGCCUGAGGGGUUUGGUCAAAGAAAAGUGGACCCUCCCCCAGGCC